AUGCUUAUUUUUCUACAGUUUAGUUUUUUAUUGAAGGACUUCGUAACCGGCGGUUGUGAAGGAGGGAGUGGUGCAAAUAGCAAGCAAUCCGACUGUUCGCCCGAGUCUUCUUCAGCCAACAACAGCUUAACGGCCGAUGAAAGAAAUAAGAUAUCCGCGAAAAUUCUCAAAGCAGAAAUGAAAGGAGAUACGGAGACAGUGAACAAGCUGAAGCGAAAGCUAGAGGGCAGUACAACACAGAAGCGUGAGGAAACUGAAAAAACAGUCGUUUUAUUGAAGAGGGACCGAUCUGGAAAUGUCGUUCCUUGCCAGAGAAACAAGAGCUCAUCAGAAAAUUUUGCUCAGACAUCAUCACGCAUCCACCGAGAGUACGGUAUGAAGCAAGGCCUAAAUGAAAUGAUGCUUGAGGAGAAAUCAUCAACAGCUGAGGAUCAGCUUAUGCUUUUCCAUCGGUCGAUUAUAGUGAGUGUUGCACUUACAAUUUGUGUUUUCAUGUUUUCUCUCAGCAGCUUUUUGCAGUCCAUAAUUAAUGCUGGUUUUGCUGGCUGCUUUUUUUCUCAUUUCAUUUGCUUGAAAAUUCGAAAUUGA